UAUCUGAUGGACUCGGAGUUAACAGCGGAGAAGGAACGCGGGGAUGCGGACCAAGAAAGGUUUCGGCGACGCUCUAAAACAACUCCGCCAGCUUCAAAUCAAUUUGCAAUGUCUAAUACCUUAGACAAUGGAGUUGGGAGCUUUGAAGAAGCAGACGCUGGCGAUAAAUUGUGCACAUCGAUGACCGAUGAUCUACAACAAUCGGGCAAUGGACUGCAAUAUGACGUGCCGGCCAGUUUCCGUUUUGUGUAUCUUGGAAGUACGGUCCUUGACAAGCGCUACACUCAGGUUAUGCUACCGUGGGUCAUUGCUGAGAUCAGGCGGAAAAACGAGCGAAAUUGUAUCGAUUUAAAUGUCAAAGAGAUGACUGUUGAGGCAGUCGACUGCUCCACAGCAAGUACUUUGUUUCGACACAAGGUGCAGACUAUAACACGCUGCUCGCGGUCUGUGGACAAAAAGUGUUUUGCCUACCUGACUAAGAUACCCGACGAUUUAUCUUCCUGCCACUGCUAUGUGUUUGAGGCCGUCGAGACAACCUCGGUUUCUGGGUUUUUGCGUGGUAUUCGAGAUGCUGCUAGGCAAGUAACAGAGCAACCAGGAAGUAUUGUAACCACAGACAAGGAAAAUUCUUCCAGUGAACCAGCUAAUUCUAACAGUAAUGGCAGUCCAAGUAAUUCUUCUGAAAAUCCUGAGACACAGGCGUUCAUUUUUCCACUAUGGUACGUGGGUCGAAGCACUGUAUCACACAGACAAGCUCCACCCACUCUUAUUGAUGAUUUGGUGGAGAGGUUUGAUAAAAGAAUAGGAAUAUAUGAGUUGGAAAAGCAGCUAAGUGGACAAAAAUCUGAACAAAGAGAAGGAUGUUCUAAUACAGUCAGUGUAAAUGCCACUGUUGAAAAUCAUUCGAAGGAACAUCCAGCAUUGAUCAAAGCAAAAAGCUUGGAUCAAGAGAGAAUACUUGGUAAAAAAAACGGCUGUGAAGACAAUGCACCAGAUGGCAGCAAGCACCCACCUCUGAUGAAGAUGGAAAGUUUGAAUGGAAGACCUCGCUCUGCCAGUGACGGUGAUAAAACAAAGGAUGUUUACUCUACCAGGAGUCAGAAUUCCCAUCAGAACCAACAUCAUGCAAAAACACCCUCAAGGAAAUCUAGUUUUGUUGGUGUUGGUGAAAACAGAAACAUUCUUUUUAAAAUCAGCAUCCAUUCAAUUGCAUGUCUCAGUGCAGCCUCAAGGAUGCUUUUGAUGGAGAGAAGACUCAGAGAAGUUUCUUUUUGUCAACAGGGAACAAAGUCACCUGAGCAUUUUGGCUUUAUCUGCCAUGAGCUUAAAACCGGGCAGUAUUUCUGUUAUGUAUUCAAGGGAAGUUCUGAACAAGUGGUGGAUGAGGUGAUGCAAUCUUUAAGAAAAGCAUUCAACAGUGCUUGGCAAGCAGCAGGUCCUACUUCAGUCUGUGACAUGUGUCCUCUUCAUCAUCUUCAUCAAUUGUGUGUUCAACUUGAAGGGAAAAAAAUUGCAUGGAGUGGGCUUAAAAAGUUUGAAGUUUUUGGACAAUGUCUACAAUGGAGUCGCAAAAAGAGAAUUAAUCUCAGUGAUGAUGAGAUGAGCCAGUUUACCGAACAGUUUAAGGCUGAAAGUCCAUCAACGGUGACUGAGGAAAUUGAAGUAAUCAUGGCCAUAUUCAGAGCAAUGUAUGAAAAAAGGCAACUACAGCACACACACAUUAGCCAGGGACAGCAAUACCAAAAGGACAAAGUACCUGUAAGCCCUAAUUUGCUGCAAAAAGCCAAGAAGUCUCUGACCAGUUCAUUUGAAAGUUUCAUGAGUAAGAGGGCUAGAGCAAGGACGGUAAUGAGUGAAGAGUGUUCUGGAAUGGAAAGAUGUGAGCCAACCAAACAAUCACCUGAUCCACAAAGGAGAAGAAGCAUGACACUGGACAGCACCCCUUCAAAUUGCAACAUCACUACUCCACCCAUGUCGCCAUUGAAAGAACUAUCUGCAAAGGGCGAGGAUUUAUUUACAAGCACACCACACAAGCUGCCAAGACAAACAGCAAAUGGAGAAACCAGUCCAUCCAUGACCACUCCACCUAACACACCCACUAAAACACCCAGUCGCCACAGGCGUCUGAGCAAAACAAACUCCUAUGGAUACAGACAGACCAUAUUUCACAGUGUAGUCACACCAUCAAAGAAAGAAUCCAUUUCAGCUGAUCCAGAGUUAGGCAUUCCCCAGAGUGCAUCAUGGGCAGAAAUGGUUGGUCGCAAGAAAUCCUCCCAGGAGCUGAGAGCUCUGUGGCGCAAAGCUAUCAUGGAACAGAUUUUACUCAUCAGAAUGGAGAGAGAAAAUAACAGUUUACAGGUUAACCAGAGUGUCAUAGAAGCCAAUAUGCUGAAGCUCUCCUACAAUGAAGACCCUCCGUGUUCUGAUGUAGCAGCUGCAACUUGGAACAAAAUUCUUGAGAAUGGUGAUGAAGCUGUUGACUUAAAGACUCUAACAGAAGCUGUCAAAGCUGGGAUACCCAAAGCCAAAAGAGGUGAGAUAUGGGUGUUCCUUGCCAAGCAGCACAACCUACAUUCACCUCCUGAUGGAGAACAGCUAUGGAGGGAAAAGACUUACCAGGAAAUAAAGGAAGGCUCGACGUGUCACCAGCACUCCAUCUUUAUUGACCUCGGUCGCACAUUUCCGAGUCACCCAUAUUUUUCUCCUCCGUUGGGUCAUGGCCAGUUGUGUUUGUUUAACAUCCUGAAGGCGUAUUCCAUUUUAGAUGAAGAGGUUGGCUACUGCCAGGGACUCAGCUUUGUAGCCGGGAUCCUGUUGAUGCAUAUGAAAGAAGAGGAAGCUUACGACAUACUGAGAUUCAUGAUGUACACGCUUGGUGUCCGUAAGCAAUACAAACCUGACAUGCAAGAUUUACAGACACAAUUUUACAUGUUGUCGCGCCUGUUACAUGAUUACUACAAACCUGUCUACGAGUUUCUACUGGAGCUUGAAAUCACACCCACUCUCUACGCCGCCCCAUGGUUCCUUACGCUCUUCGCAUCUCACUUCCCAGUAGGCUUUGUCGCACGAGUACUGGAUAUGAUGUUUCUUCAAGGCAUGGAGGUGGUAUUCAAGGUGAUCCUGUUGCUGCUCGGGUCUUGUCAGGAAGAGCUUUUGGUUAGUGAUGGUUUAGAGGGUGCUGUGGAAGUGAUGAAAACUUCCCUGGCGCCAUUUGCAGAACAAAACGUCGAAUGGUUGGUCAGUCAAGUGCUCUCGUUUGAUAUCAGUAAAGAUCUGGAGUCUUACGAGGUUGAGUACUGUGUUCUCAAGGAGGAGGACCUAAGCGUUGCUUCAUUUGAGGUCAUUGAAAGUGAAAAAGUAGAUUCCUUGGAGGCAGAACUCGCCAUCAAAUCAAAACAGAUUCAAAUGCUGUCUGAGCAACUCUCCUGUGCCCGGAACACAAUUCAUGGCCUCGAGAGCACUAUUAACACCAUGCAAAUUAAUCAGAAUGAACUCAAAGGCAUCAUUAGAUCUCUGCGAGCGGAGAACGACAGCUUGACUAGAAACUUUGAAAAACUGAAAGCUCAGGUCCUUUCCAACGGCGAUUUGUCCCCAAGAGUAGAAAUCGCUGAUCCUCUAGACGAUAACGCGUCAUCGAUCGCGGACGGUUCAUCUGAGUGCAGUACCAUCAAGCCAACAAAUUCUAACGAGGCAAACGCGAGUUCUAACGAAGAGAACACCGACAGUUUAGAGCACAUCGGCAGCGGUAAUGAUCUUACGGACGACGAAGCUGAUUCGGACGAGUUUAUAGAUGGAAAGCGUGGGUGUGACAGUGGGAGCCCUGCUUUAAGCGACAAGUGCGAAGACCUUGUCGUUAGUAGAUAAGUUUUUACAUCCUUUUUUUCCUGGUUUUUUUUUCUUCGAACGCUGGAACGACUCACAUCAAUUUAUUUUCAGAGGACUUAACUCCAUCCUGGCUUAGCAGACUGAUAUCGUGCGCAUUUUUCGCGACUCUGUGUGGGUUCUUGCGGACCUUAAGAAAUCAAAUCACGGGGUUUACGUGACUUAGUUAAUUUACUUUCGUGAGGAUCAGCAACAAGUCCUACAGCCUAAUAGUUUCAUCCGCUACGGGCCCAGUUCACAUCCACUUCAUUUUUGUGACAGUAGUUUCCGUGAUGAUUUAAGUUUGUUGGUGUGCUUUAGUAAAUUCAAUUUUUUCUUUGUUUUUCCCCUCGUUUUUGGAGGGGCGAGGGGGUAAAUUGUCUUGGAAACUGACCGUUAGAUUCACUGUGAUAAAUGAAAAGAAUGGUAAAACUGAAAAUUAGCCCUUAUUGCCUGAGUUCGGCCAAUGGUCGGAGCGAUAAUGAGUUUUCUCGCUUUGUUUACAUGCAGUUAUUUGGUGUUCAGAGUAUUUUACAGGCGCGUAUUAAAACUAGUUUCAGUUCAUCUAUUGUCACGGAAAACUAGUCUCGCAACAAACGUUCGCGCGUGGACUUGGGCAAAAACUUUAGAAUUUUGCUUUGCUCCUCACCGUGAUUGGUUCAUAGAACCCGCGUCAACCUCUCAACCAAUCAGGGGCAAAACUAAAAACAGUAGCGCCGUAGCCACUCGCGUUUUCCCACGUCUUAAACAUUUUACUUUGAGUUCUGAUUGGCUUCUUGCAAUGUUUUCCUCUGCCUUGAUUGGUUUUUGUGAUAGUAUACUCUGUCCAUUACCAUUUUUCGUUCGCAAGGGAAGUACAGUGAAUAUUCACGUCAACUGACUCUAAACAUUCUUUAUCACUAUGGACUUAUUUCGUUGUGUUUCGUGUCUGUGGGAAUGAUUUAACUGGGGAUCUUAAAAUUAAAUGAAUAUUUUUUUAAUGUUUAAAUCAGUCUUAAAUGAAUCUCGUCUUCGGCAGUACACCAAAGGAAUGUAAACAUUGUUUUUCGGAGAGAAAUAGCGAAAACAACUCCGACUUUAGGUUGAGUUACGCCAUAAAAAAAAAAAAAUGCUUUACAUGGACAUUUGACAACAGUUUCUCAGUUCAAACGAACAGGAAACAGCAAACCAAAAAAAAAAAAAAGAACCGUUCUGAUCGAAGAUGGAGGAAGUGAAGAGGGAUAAAAGUGAGAUAUUUUUUGAAAGGCAGUUUUGUCUCAGUUUGGCUCUGUCAUGCAACACGCUGGAUAGAGGAAGUGUGUUCCUUGAUCCCCUUGCGUUUUGCGUGAAAGAAACCAAACAUGUAGUGUAGAUCGUUGUAGAAACUGGCGUAGCAUUCAAAUUGAGCUGUAGUAAUUGUUUGUCUUGUAUUUUCAAUGUCAUGAUCCAGUAGGCCUUCUCCGCGAGCACUUAUUUUAAAGCUCGUCACACAAGUUUUAGCUUUUGGAGCUGUCUUUUAAAAGCUACGGUUCCUUGACGAGUGAAGUAGAUUUUGAGCGCGCUGAAGGACAACCUUGAUCAGUGGAUUAAAAUGCCUGUAACAUAGGCUGAUAUUAGAGUAGUAUCUAAUACAGAGUGAAUAAUAAUAUUAAUGAUAUUGAAUCAAUUUGUUAUGUUUAUAAAUUUGAGAGCAGAAGCAAAAAAAUAGUUUAUAAUUUCCAGCUUUUUCUUUUGUACAAAGACCAACGCCAUAUUGUUUAUGUAUUUUUGUUUUGAAAUUUGCAAUUACGCCAUCAUGAAGUUGGAUGGUUCGGUCGCAAAUUUCGCAAAAUUUAUGAUAAGUUGUGAAUUAUUUUUUAGUCUGUGCUAUGCUGGUAAUAACCAAAGCUGCUCCUCUUUCGUCACACGAGCAUGCUAGUCAUUCACCAUCUAUUUUCCGAAUCAGAAUUUUGAAUUUAGCCAGGAUUUGCCAUUGGAAUUCGAUUGUGGUAAAAAUGUUGUUGUUCACACGUUCCGUAGACAUCGAAAAUGGAAGGCCCCCAGGAGUUUGUAGUGAAAAACAAAUUUCAACUGAUAAAUCUUUCCUGCUUCCAUUAACAAUUUUUUUCCUAAGACUAAAUUUGUUCACAGACCCUUCCAACCAUUAGUUGCAUCGCAGAAUUGGAUGAAAUUUUGCGGAGAAAAUCUUGUUCAAACUUCAAUCCGGUUUACGAUCUUUACUUUAUACUACUUAGCAAAAGAUUGCAGCAACAGCAGCUUUCGUUACCAGCAUAGACAACGGAAAAACAUACGAAUGAAAAUCAAAACAAUAUAAUUGUUGAUGUAAUUUUAUUUUUCAAAAUAAUGACUACUUUGUAUUUGACUAAAUUUUCUUUGGAUUCAGAUGUGAAAUAAGUUAAAUUGAUUGGGAUAUCUUGUAAAAUUGUGACUGUUAAAAUAAAAUGUUGGAAGAUUGA